AUGCUAGCAACUCGAGCACGAAGGCCUCCGGCCCAAAUUACACGUCUACUCCGCCAACCGAACCUCGUGACGGCUCAGCCUUUGAAUGCGCCAUGGCGACGAUUGGCAAGCGGUAAAUCGCAGAAGUCGAACUCUUCGCCCAACUGGAUUGUUAGCUCCCUUGGAGUAGCUGUCGCGGGUACCGCGGCAUACCUUGGCUAUUCAUACGCCAAUGGUGAUUGGGAAGGAGCUUGGAUCGACAGCGACCCCAGGUUCAAAAAAGAAGUCAUCGAUGUCAACGAUCUCCGCGCUCAAUUCAUCCAACAGAAAAGAAGCCUUAAGAGCCCUGCCGUCUAUACAUGGGGCUCGAACGAAUACAAAGUGGCGGACCCAGAAUCAAAAGACAAAGACAUCAAGACUCCUCGGCGCUUCAAGUUUUUCGAUGGCCAGGUGCUGCGCGAUUUCAAGGUUGACGAGAAGUCUGGCGCUGCAAUUACGGAGAAUGGUGAUCUGAUACAAUGGGGCAAGGGAUACUCGGAGACCGACUUCAAGCCAAGCAAGACUUUGACCGGCAAGAAUCUAAGAACGCUUGCUUUUUCUGAGAGCCGGAUCAUUGCACUGGCUUCGGACGGAAAUGUUUACUCGUUGCCUAUCUCCCAGCAUGUCCAGGGAACUGGCCCCAAGGCACGAGAAAGCUCCUGGGUGCCUUACUGGCCUAAAAAGUCCUCUCUGAGCUACCGCAUUUUGAACCCCGCGUUAGCGCUCGGUGAAAGGGUAACAGCUAUCCGAGGUGGCCAGCAACACGUCGUUCUGCUCACCAGCUCCGGUCGUGUCUACACAGCAGCGUCUUCUACUGAGAACUACCCUUCUCUUGGUCAGCUCGGUGUCUCCGGUCUGACUUGGUCUACUCGGCCCAGCGGCCCAGCAGACCUUUGCCACGAAGUCACCGCUCUCAAGGGCUCUAAGGUGACUGAAAUUGCAGCCGGUGACUAUCAUUCUCUUGCGCUGACCAAGGAUGGGCAUCUAUUUGGCUGGGGAGAUAACUCGUUUGGUCAAUUAGGAGUGGAAUUUGAGCCAGAAUUCCCCUUCAUAGAUGCUCCCCUAGCUUUUGCUACGAACCAACUCUAUCAAACGCGCAAGUAUUCGGUGAGGGUCACGGGCAUUGCUGCUGGUGGUGCCAACACCUUCUUCACUGUGGAUGCCAAACGGAUCCUUGGUUCCGAGGAAGAAGCUGCCAAUGUCCGCGGCUUGGGCAAUGUGACUGUCGACACAUGGUCUUGCGGUAGAGGCAUCUGGGGCACUCUUGGAACUGGCAAGUGGAUUCACCUGCAAGACUCACCUAUGAAGGUGAAAGACUUGAGCGGGCUGAGCGAGUACGACGAGAAGACGCAGCAGACAACACCAAUCCGCCCUCUCGCCAUGUCCGUUGGUACAACCCACGUUUCUGCCAUUCUGGAUAACAAUACAAGUCUCAGCUCUGCAAAGACCGACUCUUUGGAUAAAGCGGAAGACUUCGGCUACGAGGUGUUUUGGUGGGGAGGCAACGAGCACUUCCAACUGGGCACUGGCAAGCGAACUAAUCUAGCCAAACCAAACCAUAUCAAAGCUCCCCCGCAGACCAAGAAGCAGCAGGAAACUGAGGCCCGGCUGCAGAUCAUGCCUCGACACAAGGGACCGGUUGGCAAGCGUAAUGUGAGCAUGGAACAGCGUGUUGAAUGUGGAAGACACGUCUCUGCCAUUUACUCCGCUGUAUAG